GGUGGGCGCUCAGUGCAGCGAGCCGGGCCGGGCAUGGCGGGUGCUGCGGGCACCUCCUGCUGCCGCGGCGGGGCGGGGGGGCUCCAGCCGCUCCGCGCCACCGUCCCCUUCCAGCUCCAGCAGCGCCGCGGCGCCAGCGGAGACGGGGGCCGGGCAGCGAGCGUUCCCUGCGCUGCCGCUGCGGAGAAGCCGUGCCGGCCCCGGCAGCCCCGCGUGCGUCGCACGUCCUCGCUGGACACCAUCGUGGGCUCCUACCUGCUGGGGCAGUGGCCGCGGGAUGCUGAUGGAGCUUCUGCCUCGUGCAUGAAUGACAAAGCGACCCAGACCCCGGUGUCCUGGCAUGACGCGGAAGUGGGGAAAGCCAGCUCCAGUGCUCACAAGCGUUCUGCUUCUUGGGGUAGCACAGAUCACCGCAGAGAGAUUGCCAAACUGAAGCAGCAGCUCCAGCGAACAAAGCUAAAUGGCAGAAGUGGCAAAGAAAAGGAGAAGAGCUCCCCGCUCCAGGGGGACCACGCUGUCCUCGCAUCGCUCCGGGACUCCCCUUCAGGCUUCCUUUCUUCAUCUCCUGUUUUGAGGCUCAGUCCCUGCUUGCACAGGAGCCUGGAAGGGCUAAAUCAGGAACUGGAGGAAGUGUUUGUGAAGGAACAGGGAGAUGAAGAGCUUUUGAGGAUCUUGGAUGUCCCGGAUGGCCACAGAGCACCAGCACCUGCGCAGAGAGGCUCUGGAGAUGCCUCCCUGAUGCUGGAGCCCAGCAGUGGCAGCUGCAGCAGUCUCUCGCUUUCUCCUUCCCCUUCUGUCCCUCUCCACCUUUCUCCACACACCCCAGUGAGACUGGUGGCAGAAGAGCUCUCCUCUGCUGUGGAUGAGGUGCAGCUGGAUCCAAAAGAGAAAGAGGAGGACAGCCCUUCUCCAGUCCUGGCCUUCGCUUCCUCUCCUCGGCCCAACCACAGCUACAUGUUUAAACGGGAACCUCCUGAGGGAUGUGAGAAAGUCCGGGCCUUUGAAGAAGCUUCCUCCAGCCCCGACCACACCUUUCAGCCUUCCUGCCCAGAUAAGAACAAAGUGCACUUCAACCCCACGGGCUCUGCCUUCUGCCCUGUCAGCCUGGUGAAGCCUCUCUUCCCGAACAUGGGCUUUCUCUUUAGGGGCUUUCCAGCAUCAUCCAGCCCCGGCACGGGCACGUUUACAUCCUGCCAGCCCACAGCCCCCACCCCGUUCCUAGGGGCGCGGAAGGACGCUGCUGUAGAUAACUUCAGCGACGCGUCCAAGUCGCCUUCGCUCAAUUACGAACACUGGAAACGCGGCCAACCGGAGGAGAGCGUCGUCUUCCACAGCUCUCUCGUAGUGUGAAGCCUUUGGGAAAGUUAGCCAGCAACAGCAGCUCUGGCUCCUCAGUGCAUCUCGGCCAGCCCGUGGAAAUUAGUGCCUUGAGGUUGGGACUUGACAGCCAAGGGGCAGCCCUGGGCCUGAAAACCACAGCGGGCUGCCAAGGAUGAAAGAAACUGUGAAGUACCGCGUGCCACAGGACUCCUGGCUGCGGGAGGGGCUCGUUGCUCCCAGCCUCCCCGGUUCUAAGCACUUUCCUGUGUUGAAUCGCCAUUUCCUGUGUGAUUGUUUUGCUGGUGAAGAGCAGCUGGGCGCUCCCUGGCUCGUUGAAUGCGGUUGAGCUGGGAGGAUUCAGGUGGAGCUUCCCAGCGCUUCUCAACCCUGCUGCUGCUGCUGCUGCCUGGGGCUUGCUGAGCACUGGGGGGUGGGAAGGGGGAGAAAGGCCUGGCAGGUCAGCUGCCCCUGGGGGCAGGGGAGCAGAAGCUGCUGUUUGUCUGUGUUAGUGAGGCAGCAGCGGUCCCUCCCUGUGCCUCCCUGGACACCUUCACCCCUCGAAACAAGCCCGGAGCUGUAAGGAGCCCCGAGACAUCUGUGCAGAAUGCGGGGGGGGGGAGCGCGGGUGACCAAAUGCCGCCCCCCACAGGGGAUCUGUGCUCUGCAAAACUUGCCUUGCUGCGGGUGAAGGAGAUGCUGCUGGCUGCUCAGGAACGGCAGAGCUGCCUGCCAGGCGUCCCUUGGGGGGGGGGUAGGAUCCCCGGUGCCUUGCCCACGCUGCAGGAAGAGGGGGUGGGAAUGGAAAGUGCAGGGCUGCAAGGCCCCCAGCCCUGAGCCUGUGUGAGCGGGGCUGGGGCUGGGGCUGCAGCGCCUCAGCAGGAAGCAAAGCGAUGACACGAGGACGUGGAUCGUAAACGCCUCUGGACAGCACAAGUGUUUGGUUUGUGUUCUGUUGCAAAGGCUCUGGGUUGUACUGAAGAAGCCUAUUUUCUUAUAUCUGAUGUAGAAACUCUAUUUUCUUCCAAAGACACUAUUUUUGCAGCUGUUUGGAGUUUGUAUUUUAUGUAUGUAUUGCAAAGCUUAAAGGAGGAACGUUAGCCUUGGAGUUGUGUUUAGAGGGGUUUUUUUUUGCAGAUGCUGGUGUUGACAGUUAAAUGGAGAAAAUAAACUAUUUCAGGCA